AGCUCCGCCCACGCCCGGUCUGUGUUAUGAAAGCAGAGCGGUGGGAAUGACAACGGAGUCACAGCAACAAAGCCCCCUGAAAUCUGAGAUCCACUGCAAUGCUACGUGUCACCGCUGCGUCUCUGUGCUCCUCUGGCCAGAAGAUGAGGAUGCUCCUGCCUCCUUUUGCCUCUCUCACCUCUACUGUGGCCUCCCACAAUAAAAGGGAGGAAAACCAGAGCACGGUUGACUCUCUGUACGAGCUGUCGGUGGAUGUGAGGAAGAUCCGUAAGCUGAAGGGCUGGGUUUUGUCUGAGACCACUGUUUAUGUGUCCGAUACGGCCGCCUUGCUGAGGGACAUGGGCGCAGACACGGCGGCGAUCGCCCACAUCCUUGAAACCCACCCAGAGGCCGUUCUGAUUCCACCGGAGGACGUGGUGGCCCAGCGGGACCUCUGGGGGUCCGUGUGCUCCAACCAGCGGGCCCUUCUGAGCAUCGUUGAAAAGUUCCCGGCUUCCUUUUUCUCUGUAAGCCACCACAGCAACCAACAGGCAAACAUCCUGUACCUCAAGAGCCUCCGCCUCAAUAAGAAGAUAAUCAGCAAGCUGAUGGCCAGCGCACCGCAGAGUUUCAGUCAGCCCGUGGAGCGCAACCAGGAGGUGAUACACACCCUCAGAGAGACCUACUUGGACUUGGGUGGGGAUGAGGCUAAUCUCCGGGUUUGGCUGCAGAAGCUCCUCAGUCAGAACCCGUACAUUCUCCUGCGUCCAGCUGAGGCCUGGAGGGACAGUCUGGGCUUCCUCAGGGAGCAGGGCUUCACCACCGAGGAGCUCCUCAACCUGGUGUCCAGCCUCAGAGCCUCCAUCUCAGAGCUGAAGCCUGAAGCCAUGCAGCAGGCGCUGGCCUACGUCCAGGGCGCUCUCAGCUGCUCCGACGAUGAACUAAAGCAGGUAGUGAUCCGCUGCCCGGCCGUUUUAUACUACUCAUUGCCCACCUUGGCAGGACGCUUCCAGGGGCUGCUGGACGCCGGCCUGAGCGUCCGGCAGGUGAAGGAAUCUCCAAACGUCCUGGAGCUCACCACGCAGAUCGUGCUCUAUCGCAUCCAGAAGCUUGCGUCUUACGGAUAUGACGUGUGCUCUGGCAGCUUGGACGUAAUCGUAGGAACCAAGAAGGACUUUGAGAUGAGCUACGCCAAGCUUAACCUCAGGCAGCACAGGCCUCUCUUUAACCCCGUCGCUCCUCUUCGGGCUGCUGAGGAAUGAAGAUCAGAGCUACAGACAGAAUGGAAACGCUAAUAACCUUUGGUUUAUUGAUGCUCAUAUUCUUAAGUUAUUCAAAUCUCACAGGAAUCUGGAAAGAUCUGCAUUGAUAGGAAUUAACACUUGACUUAGUCAGCUUCUCUGGGACCGUGCCUUAUUUAGGCCUGCAUAGUUCAGACAUACUGUAUGUUUCAAUUCGUUUCUAAACAUCAAACCAAAUAUACAGUGCCUUGCAAGAUUAUCUAUCCGUUCCGUUUUUUUCACGUCACAUUUUUAUUUCAUUUCAUUGUUUAUGUGGGAAACGUAAGGCAUGAUAUUGAAGUGGGACAAGAUUGAUGCAGUUUUUUUUUUUUUUUUUAUGACAAAUUUGUAGUAUUUUAUUCAUGUGCAGGGCCAUUUACUUAGAUAAGACCAAGGCUUCAACUGUUACGUAAAGAACGAUCCAGAAGUUUUUUUUUUCCUUCCACUUCCCAACUAUGCAGAUUAUUUUGGUAUUUCACAUAAAAUCCCACCCAGUCAUAUUUUUAUCUUGCAACCCGGUUAUUUUGCAAACUGCAUCUCCUACUGUAUAACCUUGUAAUAAUUGUGGGACUGACAUGUCUUAGACACUCUGCAUAUCUGCAGUCUCCAAUAAAUAACACUAAUUCAAAUCAUUCUGCACGCCAUAUUUCUGAUAUUCACCUUUUAGGUUCUUAUGUGACAUGCAUAAGGUAUUUAGACAACAUUUUCCGUCUUUGAACUUCCUAAAUAAUCUAAAUCUAUACCUUAGCUAAAACUCUUUCUCAGCCUUUGCAGAUUUAUUAACGUCUCUCCUGCCAAAGUUGAGUAAGCUCUGCACU